GAGCAGGCUGUUAGGGGUCCCCUCCUGCCACCCCCGGAUCGCGCGCCUGGUCGCCGCCUCCCUCCGUGGGGGAGGACAUCGGAACCCCUCUCCCUCCCCUCCUCCCCCACCCAGAAAGCCGGCCGAGAAAGUGGCUCCGCACAGAGGCCGGGAAAUCCGGGUUUUGCAGCAGCAGCAGCAGCAGCAGCGGGAGGGGACCGAGGCCUUGCAAGCCUAGUGAGGGUCGUGUGGGCACAGUGUUCCCCUACCGCCUGCCAUGGCCAUGAGGGAGCUGGUGGAGCCAGAAUGUGGAGGCUCCAAUCCUCUGAUGAAGCUGGCCGGCCACUUCACUCAGGACAAGGGCCUGCAGCAGGAGGGGCUUCGGGGGACCCUGGCUUGGCCUCCCACUGGUCCAGUGGCUGAGGUGGUAUCCAAACCUCUUGGAAGAGCCUCUGAAGAUGAACUGUUGGCAGAGUUCCUUCAAGAGCAGAAUGGCGCUGUGCUGUCUCGUGCCCCACAGACAUUCAAGAUGGAUGAUCUGUUGGCUGAGAUGCAGGAAAUCGAACAAUCCAGUUUCCGUCAGGCCCCACAGAGAGCUCCAGGGGUGGCCGCCCUGGCACUGUCUGAGAACUGGGCGCAAGAGUUCCUUGAUGCUGCUGACAGGACGGAUGAUGUUUCAGCGGAUUAUAAUGAAGCUGACUGGUCCCAAGAGUUCAUUGCAGAGGUUACAGAUCCCUUGUCCGUGUCUCCUGCCAAGUGGGCAGAAGAAUAUUUGGAGCAGUCAGAGGAGAAGUUGUGGCUGGGUGAAUCAGAAGAUCAAACACUGGCUGAUAAAUGGUAUGAGGAAUAUCAGCCUGAAGAUGACCUCAAGAAAACGGCCAAUGAUUUUCUUGCAAAAGUGGAUGAUCCGAAACUGAAUGACUCUGAGUUCCUAAAGUUUGUCCGCCAGAUUGGAGAUGGGAGGGUGUCCAUCGAGGCAAAUCAGGUGACCAUUGCCCCCAGAGACCAGGAUCAGGCAGAGCAAUGGGCAACUGAGUUUAUGCAGCAGCAGAACACAUCCGAAGCCUGGGUAGACCAGUUUGCACACUCCGGGGACACGCUGGGCCUGGAUCCAGAAUUUGAGCAGGCCAAGACCGCUGUGGAGUCAGAUGUGGAUUUCUGGGACAAGCUGCAGGCUGAGUGGGAGGAGAUGGCCAAGCGAGAUGCAGAGGCCCAUCCGUGGCUGACGGACUAUGAGGAUCUUGCCAGCUCUACUUACGACAAGGGAUACCAGUUUGAAGAAGAAAACCCUGUGCGGGACCACCCCCAUGCUUUUGAAGAAGGGCUGAGAUGCCUGGAGGAGGGUGACCUCCCCAAUGCAGUCUUAUUCUUUGAGGCUGCUGUGCAGCAGAACCCUGAACACAUGGAGGCCUGGCAGUACCUGGGAACGACACAAGCAGAGAAUGAGCAGGAGCUUGCAGCCAUCAGCGCGCUCAGGCGGUGCCUGGAGUUGCAGCCUGGGAACCUCACCGCACUCAUGGCUUUGGCAGUCAGUUUCACCAAUGAGUCGCUGCAGAAGCAGGCCUGUGAAACCCUGCGUGACUGGUUGCGGCACACCCCAGCCUAUGCUCACCUGGUGGCGAAGGAGGCUGAAGCGGACAACCCUGGCCCAGGCCUUGGGCCCUCCAAGCGCCUCCUGGGUUCUCUAUUGACUGACUCCCUCUUUGUUGAAGUCAAGGAGCUGUUCUUGGCGGCGGUGCACAGCAACACCUCUGCCGUGGACCCUGAUGUGCAGUGUGGCCUCGGUGUCCUCUUCAACCUGAGUGGCGAGUAUGAGAAGGCUGUGGAUUGCUUCACUGCUGCGCUGAGUGCGCACCCAAAUGACCAUCUCCUCUGGAACAAGCUAGGAGCCACUUUGGCCAAUGGAAACAGGAGUGAAGAAGCCGUGGCAGCUUACCGGCGGGCCCUGGAACUGCAGCCAGGCUACAUCCGCUCCCGCUACAACCUGGGCAUUAGCUGUAUCAACCUCGGGGCCCAUAGAGAGGCUGUGGAGCACUUCCUGGAGGCCUUGCACAUGCAGCAGAAGAGCCGGGGCCCACGAGGCCAGCAGGGCGCCAUGUCUGACAACAUUUGGAGCACCCUCCGUAUGGCGCUCUCCAUGCUGGGCCAGAGUGAUCUCUAUGGGGCGGCGGAUGCGCGGGACCUCCCCACCCUUCUACAGGCGUUUGGCAUCCAGCAGUGACUCCUGGAUGGGCUCCCCUGUGAGUGCAGGAUGAGCCCUCACCCACACCGACCUCUUCUCUCUCCUCCCCCCGAACACACGCACACCUCAGCCAGGCAGCCGCCUCUUUCUUCCCCUCAAACUGUCUCAGAGAGGUAAACGUACUUUGUGUUUUCAGCCUCUUUGGUCUAGGGCAGGGCCACUUGCUCACGUUUUGUGUUGGAUCCACUGCAGAAUUAGCUUCUUGUAACAUCCAGGAAGAACCAUUAACUGGUUGUGUGCCUGCCUUAGUCUGCUAGAUUUUUGGGCUACAAGGGACACUAAUCCUUUGAGUAGGAGAAGUGUUUGCUUUAGCCUGCAGUGGUGUCAACUGGGGAAAUAUUUAAAGUGGCAAACUGCUCCUAGAACCCUGAGCUACAGCGAACAACAACAACCCUCUGGGCAUAGAGAAAAGAAACUAGAUCUGUGUGCGAAAAUGGCAGAGACUGAGUAGUAGUGUCCUCACUACAUCUUUUGACAUGAUAUUAUUUAAAAGUGGUUUUCAAAGAGCUGGAAUUUUGGGCUCUCGCCUUCCAAGGUGCUACUGACACAUUAAAGGUGCAACACGAAGCGACUGAAAAUAUCUCACUGAGCACCAGCAUAGCAUACGCUCUGCAAUGUUUGUUUCUCAACUCCCAAGAGGUGGGGGAAGGAGUUGCUCCCCCCACCCCCGCUCUGUACUUCUUCACUUAAGAAUGCUUCUGGGGUGGGGUGGGGCAGAGUUGGGAUUUAACGGAGGCGCCUCGAACUUGCCGGGCCACCGGGCCUAUGUCUUAAUGAUCCUUCUGCCAUUUUGUUCUUGUAAAAUAAAAGGGGACUGGUUAUCGCUGUGCAUAUGAUUCUCCCCCUUCUGUGUAAUUGGCUCUUUAAGUAUCUGUAUAUGAUUUUUUUGUUGGGGAAAUGUUUUUAAAUUGUAAAGUAUUUUGUAUAAUAGAAGCUAAAAGAAUUAAAGCUGCCAAAUUA